GAAAAGAGCUGUUAGCCAGCGCUACCAACUAUACUCAUUCAAAUACAAAAUGUAUUUGAAAAUGAAUGUAAAAGGGAAAGGUGUGGUGGGGAUGUAGGGUGCCCCUUUUCUAUUUGAGCCCCUGCCCUUCACAUGUUUGCGCACGGGUCUGAUGCAGAGUGACCCCUCCUUGCAUGGUAAACAAAUGUGCAUGGCUGUUUGUAAUAUAUGCUUGUAAUACUGUGUAAGGCCUCAAGUGUGCAUUUUAUUUCAGGGUGAUAUAUUGUGAAGAUUUCAAGAAGACAUCCGUCCUGUUUACAUGUUACACAUGGUCUACUCUGCCCCUCCCCCGUAGGGACUUUUGUCAGCCCGCUGCCAAAAUAUGUGAAAGUCAAUCCAAGCCCUGCCGCUCAGCGAGCAUGUUAUUUAAAACUGGACACCAUCAUGGCAGGGGCACCGAGCAGCAGCUCUACUGGAGUCAGCGAGGAUCCACCCUGUAAUCCGUGAAAACAACGCUUCUGUGGACAGACUCGAGAGAUUCUUUGUAUUUUUCGUCCUGCCCGUCGAGCCCCAGAUGUCGCUCCCAGUGGUGCUGCCGGGGUCUUGCUGUCCGGUUAUCGGGGCUUCGCAGCUCGCUGAGCCGUCUUACCGAAACCGACCCCGUGGCUUGUCUGCCUCUUCCCGGAUCGCCGGCGGUGGCUCUCGGCUGCUGCUGCCGGGGCGGCCGCUGCUCUCGCUGGGCUUGUUGCAGCUGCUGCUCGGCGGCUCCAUGGUGGCGCUUUGCUUUGGAGCUCUGUCCCUCAGUAACUCACCACCUAUCCGAAACUCCUGUCCCUUCUGGGCAGGCUCCUCGGUCAUUCUGUCUGGCAUCGUUGGCCUUACGACAUGGAGAAGGCCCAUGCUUCUACUGGUCAAUGUGUUUGUCCUGCUGUCUGUGGUGUGUGUGCUCCUUAAUCUGGCUGGAUUCAUCCUGUGCUGCCAGGGAGCCCAGCUGGUUUCCAGUAUGACCAGCUGCCAAUUGAGUGAGGCUGGCAAUGUUUGUUACUGCUGCUCCCUCUCCCCCAGCUCCAAAUGUCCUGAGGAGAAGCUGCUGGAGCUCCACCCUGCUCACUCCUGCAACACCAUGAGGAUCCUUCUCAAGAAAGUCUUGUUUGCACUGUGUGCUCUGAACGCUCUGACCACAGCUGUGUGCCUCAUGGCAGCUGCCCUGAGAUACCUGCAGAUCUUCACUGCCAGAACCCCCUGCACGGACGAGCACAGGGCCACAGUUGAAGACAGGGAGGAGCCUCCUCCGGUCCCAGACCCAGAUGAGUUUGUGGCCCCAGCCCCUCCCCCCUCCUACUUCUCCACCUUCUACUCAUACACACCACGCCUGGCUCGCAGGAUCCUUGGGGACAGUGUGAUCCCUCUGCCUCAUAUCUACGGGGCUCGGAUCAAAGGGGUGGAGGUCUUCUGUCCGUUGGAUCCUCCACCUCCAUAUGAGGCUGUUGCUGGAAGCUCCCCCAAUGCAGUCACACAGGAGACAGAGGUGGCUCUGACAGAGCUGACAGUGGACCCACCUGCCUCUCCACCAGGAGCCUCUGUUCUAGACAGGAGUCCCCAAAUGGCAUCGGCAUCAUCAGACAUCCUUCCGCAGGCCAAGCCUCAGCUCCAACUCCAGCCUCAGCCCCAGCUCCAGCCUCCUCCUCCUCCUCCUCAGCAGCAACAGGCCUCUACAGCACCGACCUCCUGGAGGAAAGCAAGGAUCCACCGCUCCAGCAGUGACCCGGUGUUGAUGGACCUCACUGCCAAAGUGCUAAGCAGCAGCGACGCUCCCCUUGCUUCCUCUCCUCAGACCACAGAUUCCUCCACCCAGACCUCCCAGCCCACACUGGCUGCCUAUACCCAGGGCCAGGUCACACUGCGUCGGGGCAACAACGACAGCAGGACCCCUCGCCGGCCCCGGCCCUCCUCCAUGGUGGACUACCAGAGCUACAGACACACACAGCAGCUGGUCAGGAAAAUCUUGGAGCAGCCAGCUGCCCAGGGCCUGGCCCCGGAGGUCCAGGAGCUGGUGGACAGCAUACGGAAUGUCCUGCAGUCAGAUCAGGAGCACAUGGAGGAGGCUGUACGUUGCGCCAGUUACAUAGAACAGGCAUUCACUGACUCAGAGAUGGGUCCCGGUCAGCCUAAACCUCCCCAGCAGCCAGCAGGGAGUUACUCCCAGACUUUCCCUCGCCCCCCCAGGAGACGGCCCGGUCUGCUGCACCUGCAGAGCUGUGGGGACCUCAGCUCCUUCACCUGUGCUGCAUUGGAGUCUGUGGAACAUGGAGGAAACAGAAGAGCGGGCUCUAGAGGGGGUUCAAGGGCAGGGUCAAGGACAGGGUCCCGCCGGGAUCAACCCGAACGCCCUCACAGUUUGAUUGGAGUCUUUAGAGAGACAGUGCUUUGAGGAAAAAACUGUUGUGUGUGUUAAAAUACGUUGGAUGGCAACACAGCUGGAUGCUGCCUCAACUAUUGCUAAAAACUCUGAGGAAACUUUUUGAAUCCAACCACUAAGGAGGAUAUAUGUGUGUGUGUGUGUGUGUUUAGAUGUGUAUGUAUGAAUGCAGUUAUUAAAAAAACAAAAACAAACUUUUUUGCUCUGCUAAUACUGUUUUUGUGAACAACUUAUUUGUUACAUAUAAAAAAUAUGGAAACUUGUAUUGAAACAUAUUGUAGUACCUGGCAUCCAAAGUUUUGUAUGCACUGAGAUUUUACCACUGUAAUAAGUUUGCAUUUGUUCCAGUCAGCUCAAUACAGCUAUACAUGACAGCAAUUCUUUUCCAUGUAUCAUGGUGUUAUUUAAUAGAGAUGCAUUGAUGCAUUCAGAUAUUGACAGUAACAGUAAUGCUUUAUUUUAUGAGUCCAUAAUUUCAUAUGACUUCCCAAUAAGUUUGGUUCUAACUAUAAAAAAAUUAGGAAUGGACUAUUCAUUCAUGAUUCACUAAUUAUUGGAAACUAUGUUGAAUCAUGUUUGUCUGCAGAAAAAUCUGUCAUUUUUUCAUGUUUAGUUGACCUGCUGUCAGAGGUGUUGGACUGGAGUCACAUGACUUGACUCGAGUCUCGGUCAAGUCUUGCUUUGAUAAACAACAUGCCUUGACUUUGAUAUUCAUGACUUUAGACCUGAUUUAGACACGUAACUUGAAAGAGCUUGACUUUUUUUAAAUAUUGAGAGGUUACGGUUUGUUUUAAAACAUGAUUGGGUGAGGGAAAGCUUAGGUAGCUAGAAAGCUAAUGUUUGACCAGAGCAUCAGAAUUUCAUAUGGCUUGACUUGUGACUACCUUGAUCUGAGCAAUGAAUUGACUUGUCUUGUUUUACCUUUAGCAGGGACUUAGCCUGCUUGAUUUUCACCCCAGUGACUCUGGGCUUGCUUGAGAUUUGUAGGUGUGUCUUGCACCACCUCUGUCAGCUGUGCACUGACCCAAAAGCAAAAAAAGUUACACUAGCAAUUAAUUAGAAAUAAAAUGUUAACAGUUUUACCAAUAAUUGGUACCAGAUGACAAAGAUCUUUUCAGUAAGUUUCUUGAAAAUUAUUUGAAAAUGACAGACCAUUCAAUGAAUUGUUCCCAGUCAACCUGCCAGGGUAGUAAGUAGCAGCAACAAAGCUUAAUUGUGAAAGUUCCAUUCAGGUUUUUGUAACCUCUGCAAGUUAAUUGUAGCACUUCCAAUGCAACAAAUUGACUUUGGUCUAGAAUGUAAGUGUUAUUAUUGUAUUGUUGCCAUAAAAUGUAUGUACAGUUGCAUGCAACUUUUUGACACCCUGGUCAAAAUUUUGUUCACUGUAAAUAGUUGAGAAAGUAGAAGAUGACCUGAGCUCCAAAAGGCAUAAUGUUAAAGAUGACACAUUUCUUCAAUGUUUUAAGCAAGAUUACUUUUAAUUUCAAUCUUUUACAAUUCCAAAAUAACAAAAAAGGAAAAGAGCCUGAAGCAAAAGUUUGGGCACCCUGCACGGUCAGUACUGUGCCCCCUUUGGCAAGUAUCACAGCUUCUAAAUGCUUUUUGUAACCAGCUAAGAGUCUUUCAGUUCUUGUUUGGGGGAUUUUCACCCAUUCUGCUGCAGAAGGCUUCUAGUUCUGUGAGAUUCUUGGGCCGUGUUGCAUGCACUGCUCUUUUGAGGUCUAUCCUCAUAUUUUUAAUGAUGUUUAGGUCGGGGGACUGUGAGGGCCAUGGCAAACCUUCAGCUUGCUCCUCUUAAGGUAGUUCAUUGUGGAUUUCGAGUUGUGUUUAGGAUCAUUGUCCUGUUGUAGAAGCCAUCCUCUCCUCAUCUUCAGCUUUUUUACAGAUGGUGUGAUGUUUGCUUCCAGAAUUUGAUGGCAUUUUGUCAAUCCAUUCUUCCCUCUACCUGUGAAAUGUUCCCUGUGUCACUGGCUGCAACACAAGCCCAAAGCAUGAUCGAUCCAUCCCAGGUGUUCUUUUCAUGAAACUCUGCACCCUUUUUUCUCCAAACAUACCUUUGCUCAUUGUGUCCAAAAGUUCUAUUUUAACCUCAUCAGUCCACAGGACUUGUCUCCAAAAAGCAUCAGGCUUGUUCAGAUGUUCCUUUGCAAACUUCUGACACUGAAUUUUGUGGUGAGGACACAGGAAAGGUUUCCUUCUGAUGAUUCUUCCAUGAAGGUCAUAUUUAUACAGGUGUCACUGCACAGUAGAACAGCGCACAACCACUCCAGAGUCUGAUAAAUCUUCCUGCAGGUCUUUUGUUUUGCUUUUCUAACAAUCCUACAAGCAGCUUUCUUUGAAAGUUUUCUUGGUCCUCCAGACCUCAACUUGACCUCACAGUUCCUGUUAACUGCCAAUUCUUGAUUACACUACGCACUGACGAAACAGCUACCUGAAAACAUCUCCUUAUAGCCUUCUCCUGCUUUGUGGGCAUUGAUUAUUUUAGUUUAGAGGAGCCCAUGGCUGCUGAUUGUCGGGGCAAGGUUUCAGGAGUCAGAGUAUUUAUAAAGCUUUGAAAUUUGCAUCAUCUGAGCUUGUCUAACGAUGAUUGUGAACAAGCCAUAGCCCUAACAAGCUAAUUAUGGUCUGGAACCUUGUUAAAAGUUGUCUGUGAGCUCAAAUGUCUUGGGGUGCCCAAACUUUUGCAUGGUGCUCCUUUCCUUUUUUUUCAAUCUAACAUUGUACAAAAAAAUAACACACUGAUCUUGCUUAAACUGCUGAAAAACAUGUUUCACCAUUAACUUCAUGCCUUUGAGAGAUCGGUUCAUCUACUUACUUAGUUAUUCACCAUACACAAAGUUUUGACCAGGAGUGCCCAAACUUUUGCAUGCCAUUGUAUAGCUAUGGUUAUGGUGGUGGCUGUAAGGAUUACCAAGGCUAUGACCACAGCCGUAGCCAGAAUCAUAGCUUUUGCCAGAAAAACAGCAGUAGUUGCAGCUGUAGCCAUAGGUGUAACCAUUGCUACAGCCCUAAGAACAACCCCAGCCUUUUCAUCCACCACAUUGCCAGAAUAAAUGAUGGCAUUCUACAUUUCUGAAAAUCAGGUUCCGUAACAUUUGUACAUUGUUUUGUAGAAGAUACGUUGAAACUUUACAUUUCAACAAUGCUGUGGUUAAUGUGUGGUUAGGUUUAUGCACAAAAACAACUUGAUUAUGGUUAGGAAAAUAUCAUGUUUUGGCUUGCCAAAAGCCAGAGCCAAUGGUUGUGCAAAAUGUAAUUUGAGUUCUAAGUGGUUCAGAAAAUAUUUCUCUGUAGGACUUUUUGGGAAUUCUGCAGGAUUCUGUUUAAGUGCUAGUUUGGGCUUUGAUAUGGACAGCAUUCUUCAAGCUGUUUGUUUGCCAAGUGUAGCAUAUGUGUGUUGACACUGACUGACUGUUGACAAGGGCCAUUACUAAUCAUUGCUGCAUACCUGAUUAAUUAUCAUUAUUUUCCCUUUUGUAUCUCUUUCCUUUACAAUCAUAGCUCAUUUAGUAAUACAUGAAGGCCUCACAGAUGACAUCCUCAUUACCUUGUUGCAAACUCAGAUCUCUACAAGCUGUCACUAGAACUGGGCAUCCAUUUGCUGUGUGUGAUUUUUGCAAACAGCAGAAUAACUCUCAUGCAGUAGAUUAACCACCAUGAGAGUAAAUGAAAACGAUGUAAAACUAAUCAGACUCUCUUAAUGACCAAACAAAUUACAACAGCUAUAUUCUCCAUUUAAGAUGUGUGAUUGUCUGUAGCUCAAUAUAAUUGUAUUUGCAGAAAGGUGUUUUUAUUGUAACUGUUUACUCUACAAAUACAGUUAUUUGUGGUGCAGUUUGAUUUGAAUAUGGUACAUCUCUCUCUUCUGUAGCUGCCCAGUACCUCCACAUCACUCUUGCUGCUGAGGUUCUCCAUUUGGUCAUUAACGGCAAAUGGAAAGUUUGACACGAUGGUGAUUGCAUUAAUCCAACACUAAUGAGAAAAUUCUAAAUAUUUUUGUUGCUUUAAAACAUCAGAGUUCCUGUCAGUGUACAACCAUAUAAUCCUAUGAGCCGAUCACUGUGUAUUGUCAAGACCUGUUGAGGGAAAGCGAGCUCAGUCGCCAGAAGAAAAUGUUGGCAUUGUAAGUUUUUGCAAACCACAAAUAUGUUACAUUUGUACGUUUCAUACAUAUCAUAACAUUUCUAAAGUGACAUAGUACGUGAACUAACUUUAUCAUUGGGAGGUGGUGGAUAGUGUGACACCUAGGCGAGAAGCCUGCCAAGCUGCAGAUCACUGUUUGACACCAACAACAAAACCAGUUGUGAUUAAGCAAGUCAUUGCUGUUUUUCCAACAGCUUUUCAGGCAUGGAAACCAGGUAUUUAAAGGCAAAACAUGAUAUUUUCUUAACCAUAACCAAGUGGCUUUUGUGCCUAAACCUAACCACACUAUUAACACAGCAUUGUUAAAAUGUUAAGUUUCACCAUAUCUGCACAUACUAAUGGACAGCUCUAACAUACUGUAUCUGUGGUUUGCAGAAAUGUACCAUGCCAACAUUUCUUCUGCUGAUUGGGUUGAAUUAAAUAUUCCCAACAAAACCCCAAUCUUGGAACACAUCAGUUAUCUCUGAUGAUGAUCAGCCUCUGGGGAUGAGGGCCAAUAUUUAGGACUGAUCUGGUGUGGCCAGGAGAUAGAGGAGCAAAGGCUUUCUCUUCUGUGCGCCAGCCAUUUUGAUUAAUCUCUAUAAUAUCUGCAUAUGAAUACAGAUGAAUUUAAACAAAGCUAACAUGAAGCAAACUAAUCGUCAGACCUAGCUGAUGGGUUCUGAGAUUGCAUUUCACCCAUAGACCCUAUAUAGAGAUGGACGACGUGUCUCCACUUACCCCUGCUGUACAAAAAUGAAGCCAAAAUAUCCCGAAUACAGCCACUGUCAUGUUGGUCCUGCCCAAACACCUGUACAACCAUUCAUGAGCAGCAUAAUUGAUGGCGAGCACACUGAUUGGCAGACAGAGCUGUCAAUCAUGACGUCUAAUCCCCUUUUUAUAGCAUCAAAUAACUAAUUAACAAACUUAACCGAACUUUUUCAGAUAAACAAACCACUGAACAUACAUCAAUCUGAUAAGAACUCCCUAAAAUUACAGAAACCAUCUUUGAGAAAAAUGUUUUUGAGGUGUACUUUAGAGUUUUUAGCUUGGCCCAUGUCUAAUCUACUAACUGUACUGCAGCAAGCCACCAGGGGGUGAUCAUGAGGUUUUGGCUUCACUUUUGGGGAGCUGUCAUGCCAUCCAUCUUUUUUAUACAGUCUGUGAUUUCGCCUCUCCACACCAGCAUCUAUCUGUCGUUCAAAAGUGUCUGGUCAAUGCUUCUUGGACAACAAAUGGAAACCAGAAAACUUACGAUACAAAAAUCUUGUCCCGCC